CCAUCUGGUCCACUCGUGUGGUCAGGGGAACAAGGCCGUGUUGGGCAAGCUGAAAGUACCACAGUUAGUAGAGCUGAGAGUGUCCAGUUGACCCAUUUCUUCAUUGUAUCAGUUUGUGUUGAGAAGUCACAGCAGCUGGACGUGGGCAAGUUGCAAGGGAAGAAUAAACUGUAAUAAUGAUCUUGGUAAUCAUUUAUCUCAGCUAGGAGGCUGAGAAGAGACUGCAUUCUUAUGGAACGAAUCAUUUGACGAAUUCGAAGCGUUCGUGUCGGGAAGUACGAGAAAGAAAGACAGUCAAGUAUAGAAGCAACACAGGUCAAGUCACGGGGAGCAACACAAGUCAAGCAACGGAAAACAACACAGAAGUAAGAAUCCAUCAGCUGAGAAAUGAGUAAACAACUCUUCAAUGAAAGUCCAAUUAACUAAGGACCUGCCAGGGCCAGCCCUCUGGACUUCGUCUUGAAGACUCUCUUGCGGAGUUCGAGAGACGCGCUGUGGCGUAAGGAGCAUCGAAGUGAUGUCUGGAGCGAGUGACGGAGAACCCGACAGGCUGGCGAGGUUCCUGGUAGCUGUGGUGGCGGUGUACUUCCUUCAGGCAGGUCCUGCCACCUGUUACCAGUUCAAGACUGGCAACUGUGCUUCCAUCUCCCCCGCGGUCAAAGACUUCUCACUCCAGCAGUUCUCUGGGACGUGGUACUUGAUUCAAGGCAGUAACGUGGCAUCUAGAUGCUUCUCUUUCACCAUCAAGGACUUGGGGAGUGGAGGAAGCUUGUCCGUGGCCGUCGAUAAGCAACUCUUCUCCCUCAGAGCUGCGGGUGUUGUACAUAACUUGCACUACGAGGCUCAGAUCUUCCCCAACCCGGAGAACCCGGGUUCCAUGGUCAUGAGGCUGCCUUCACAAAUAUACAACGACGUGGCCCUUGAAGUAGUGGGAACAGACUACAGCAGUUGGGCUGUGUUGUGGAGUUGCACACCGACAAUGUUUGGUCACCUGGAGGCAGGUCUCAUCCUCUCCCGCACCCGCACACUGCCUCUGGAGAACCUCAUCCACAUCAGAAACACACUACAGGGUCUCGGUGUUGAGUUGGGAGAACUGUCAACAGUGCAACAAGGAGACUGUAACCCAGAACUAGGCGGUGGGGUUUUCACCCUGGAACUUGCCCCAUCACUCUCUAACAGUCUCGUGGACUGGAACGCUCUUAUUCCAGUAGAGGACCUUCCAGCCCUUUCUGCUACCGGCUGCUUCAUCCAGGACGGAGAAUUCUACCUCUACUUCGAAGUGUGUCCCUCUGGAAGAGGCAACGUGAUUUUCAAACCUAGUGAGGAUGUUGGGGGUUCCAGCUCCUCGACGCUUUCCAGAUUACCUGGAGUGACAUCUGAAGGCUCUGGAGUGAUCCCUGGAAGUGCUGAAGUGAUCCCUGGAAGUGCUGGAGUGAUCCCUGGAAGUAAUGAAGUAAUCCCUGGAAGCUCUGGAGGGGUUGCUGGAGGUUCAAAAGUUACAUCUGGAGGGUCAGGAGUGAUAAACACCGCAGGGCCUGAAGGAGGCAAAGAGGAUGAGUAUUAUUAUUAUUACGUUGAGGAAGGAGCAACCAGCCCCCUGGAGAACGUCGACUUCGUGGACAAUGCCAUCGAAGUAGACGAGACUGAGUCAGGAGGUGACUCAAGUGUGGAUAAAAACGAGGAUAAUGAGGCUAAUAAUGAUUACUAUUAUGAUUUUUAUGAUGAUGGUUCUAAGGAUGGUGAUUCCGGUGACGAGUAUUAUUAUUACUAUUAUGACGAUGAGUUAGAUGCAAACGAGGGAAAUAAAACGAGCGAUGGCAAAGGGAGCAGUAAUGGUAAAGAGGGGAAUAAUGACAGCGAUAGUCGUAGUAGUAACGAUGACAAUGAAGAUAAAGGGGAUGAUGAUGAUAACAAAGGCAACAAUGAAGGAGGAGAAGGCGAAACUGAAGAGAACGGUGACAAUGGCGAAGGUGAAGAAGACGAAUAUGAUGAAUAUGAAUAUUACGAAGAUAAUGACGACUAUGAAGAAUCAGAAACACGAUCUCUUCGGCCAUUUUCAUCCAUAAAAAAGAGAAUUAGAGGCAUUUACAAAGACAGAAACAAGCUCAUACACGACCCUAAAAAUGCCAAAUGGAGAGAAGCAGAAAAAACAGAGAAUAAAAGACAAAAACAAGAAACAAUAAAAAAUACAAAGGGAGAGAGGAGGAAGAAGAGGGAUAUUAAUCAUAAUGGAAAGAAGGAUGCAAAAACUACAAAUAAAUGGGAAGGAACACGUUUAGUAAAGAUGGUCGAAAAGAUUGUAAAAGUAGAGAAUAAAAAAGGAAAUAAGACGAAUAUAAAGAGGAGAAAUGAUGAGAGUAAAGUUGGAAAGAUGGGUGAAAUGGAUAAAGAUAGGGGAAAGAAACAAGAAAAGAAAAAGGAUGAAGAAAGAAAUAAAGAAAACAAGAAGGAAGAGAUAAAGAGAACAGGUGAAAUUAAGGAGACAAUAAAAAGAAAUGAGGAGAACAAUAAUAUAAAUAUGACAACUCAGAAGAAGAAUGAUGAGAAGAAAAGAAUGAAGGUAAGAAGAGGAGAAAAACAUCCUGAAAAUAAAGAGGAUGGAGGAAGAAAGACGGUAAACAAGAAUGAAGAGAAUAAGAAAAGAGAUGAAAAUAGAAAAGAAACAGUGAAGAGAAUCGAAAAGAACAACAAGAGAAUCACGACUACCCGGAAGGAAAGCGAAGGCGGAAAAGAUAAUGGAAGAAAAAAGAUAGAAAGCGACAAGGAAGAGAAAAACCAAAGGGUAGAUAAUAAGAAAAUAAGGAAAAGGUUGAAUGAGAAUAACAAAAGAGACGAGACUAAGAAAACCACAAGGAAAAGGCUGCUGAAGCGCACGAAGAGUACCAGGAAGAAAGAAGGUGUGAAGGAGGGACAGGAGAGAACAAGUGGACGAAGCAGCCAGCGACCAGGAGACUCCAGAGUAGCGAAGUGGAUCAUGGCGUCAGCUCCACUCCAGAGGUUCCUCAUCAGCCACAACAUCGAAGUGCGGCGUCUCCCCGUCACGCUGCGCUACGCCGACCUCAAUGACUUCUUCAGCGACCCGGAGGAGCGCCGGCACCUCCUCCGCCUCCUGAGGAACGCAAGAAGGAGAUGGGAUGCUGUGGCCAAGAUGAAGACUCUUAGGACGCAGGGGAAGACAAACCUGAAACUCGUCAAGAGGAAGAAGAAAAACCAAGGGAAUGGGAAGAUGAGGGGAAGAAAAUCGUGGAGGACGAAGAGGAGGUCGAGAGAGAGGGGAAAUUAUAAGCUAAAGAAGUUAAAGAUAAAAAGAAAGAGAGGGAAACCGAAAGGAAAGAAAGCCAAAAAGAGUAAGAAGCCAGUGAAGAAGAAUAGGAAGAAAGUAAAGAAGAAUAAGAUAAAAGUAAAAAUGAAUGGGAAGAAAGCAAUGAAGAUAAGAAGGAAAUUAAAAAAUAGAAAGAAGGUAAAUAGCAAAAAAGGAAAAGAAAUAAAGACGAAAAGAAGAAACAGGAUAAAGAAUAAAAAAAACAAAAAUAUAAAGAAUAUAAAAGCGAAAGGAAGGAAAGACGUAAGAGAUAACGAGAAAAGGAAUAACAAUAAAGGCAAUAAAAAGAGGAGAAAUGGGAGUAAAGUUAUAUACAACGCACACAAGAAAAGAUACAGAAGAAACAAGAAAGAUAAAAGGAAUAAAUUGGGAAAUAAAAUAAGAAAAAGUAAAGGGAAUAAUAAAGAAAAGACGCAUAAUGUAAUCAGGAAAGAAAAGGAAAAUAAGAUAGCUAAAAGACAAGAACAAGGAGAAAGAAAGACACUGAUAAAGGACGAAAGAGGAAAAAUUAUAAGAAGAAGGGAGACAAAAAGAGCAGAAAACAGCGCUGAAAAAAUAUUUAAGAAAGGAAAGGAAGUGAAAAAGAAAAAGAAGAGAAAAAAGGAAAGGAGGGAAAAGAAGAAAGAGCAAAGAAAACUAAAGAAAGAAAACAAGAAAGAACAGAAAGAUAAAAGAAGAGAUAUAAAGAAAAUGGAAAGAGAUAGAAAGAAAAGGAAAAGAAGAGACAAGACAAGGGAAAGAAGAGACGAGAAAAGGGAAAGAAGAGACAAGAAAAGGAAAAGAAGAGACAAGAAAGAGGAGACAACAUAAAAAGAAACAGAUGUUUAAAAUAAACUAGAAAUAAGAAUUAAGCCUCUAAAUCAAACUCUUGGAGAUUUCUUUCCUUUAUAGGAAAGAAUUGUCUUUAUAUAGACAUACAGAAUAAAUUCUGAUUAGUGGGAAAGAUUUGUUCUGCAGAAUUUUACGUAUAUAUGUUAAUUUACGUAUUAAACUAAGUUAAAACCUUUUUUAAAUGUUGAUCGAUGAUUAUUUAGUUUUAACGUGUUAAACGUCUUGUAUGUGAGUAAUAUAUCAUUAUCGAAUUAUAACAUCGCUCGUUGGCUAAUGGGGUUUCAAGCUUAUCGACUACACCAUGGUCUUUAAGGCCACCAAACUAUGUUAUUUUAAUCCGUAAAAUACGAAUUAAACUCGCAGUAUAUAUACUGAGACAAAUAUACCUCUCAGUGUGUAUAUACUGAGACAAAUACACCUCUCAGUGUGUAUACACCGAGACAAAUAUACUUCUCAGUGUGUAUAUACCGAGACAAAUAUACCUCUCAGUGUAUAUACUAAGACAAAUACACCUCUCAGUGUGUAUAUACCGAGAGAAAUAUACCUCUCAGUGUAUAUACUAAGACAAAUACACCUCUCAGUGUGUAUAUACCGAGAGAAAUAUACCUCUCAGUGUAUAUACUAAGACAAAUACACCUCUCAGUGUGUAUAUACCGAGACAAAUGUACCUCUCAGUGUGUAUAUACCGAGAUAAAUGUACCUCUCAGUGUGUAUAUACCGAGACAAA